AUGUAUAAUAUUGAUCAUGUGACGUUUGUUAUUAUUGGUCUUAAAGGGGUUCAGGUCCAGGUCUGGGUCCAGGUGUUGGUCCAGAUCUGGGUCCAGGUGUUGGUCCAGGCUUGGGUCCAGGUCUGGGUCCAGGUGUGGGUCCAGGCCUGGGUCCAGGUCUGGGUCCAGGUUUGGGUCCAGGUGUGGGUCCAGGCCUGGGUCCAGGUCUGGGUCCAGGUCUGGGUCCAGGCCUGGGUCCAGGUGAGGGUCCAGGUCUGGGUCCAGGUGUGGGUCCAGGUGUGGGUCCAGGCGUGGGUCCAGGCGUGGGUCCAGGCGUGGGUCCAGGUGAGGGUCCAGGUGAGGGUCCAGGCCUGGGUCCAGGUCCAGGUGUGGGUCCAGGUGUGGGUCCAGGCGUGGGUCCAGGCGUGGGUCCAGGCGUGGGUCCAGGCGAGGGUCCAGGCGAGGGUCCAGGCCUGGGUCCAGGUCUGGGUCUGGGUCCAGGUGUGGGUCCAGGUGUGGGUCCAGUGUGUGUGUGUCCAGGUGAAGGAGAACAACUACCGCGGCCACGGCGACAGCGUGGACCAGCUCUGUUGGCACCCGUCCAACCCGGACCUGUUCGUCACGGCUUCAGGGGACAAGACGGUCCGGGUCUGGGACGUCCGGACCACCAAGUGCAUCGCCACGGUCAACACCAAGGGGGAGAACAUCAACAUCUGCUGGAGCCCGGAUGGCCAGACGGUUGCCGUGGGCAACAAGGACGACGUGGUGACCUUCAUCGACGCGCGGUCGCACCGCUCCAGAGCCGAGGAGCAGUUCAAGUUUGAGGUGAACGAGAUCUCCUGGAGCAACGACAACGACAUGUUCUUCCUCACCAACGGCAACGGCUGCAUCAACAUCCUCAGCUACCCCGAGCUGAAGCCCAUCCAGUCCAUCAACGCUCAUCCUUCCAACUGCAUCUGCAUCAAGUUCGACCCCACGGGGAAGCACUUCGCCACGGGCAGCGCCGACGCCCUGGUCAGCCUGUGGAGCGUGGAGGAGCUGGUGUGUGUGCGCUGCUUCUCCAGGUUGGACUGGCCAGUCAGGACUCUGAGCUUCAGCCACGAUGGCAAGAUGUUGGCUUCAGCCUCCGAGGAUCAUUUCAUCGACAUCGCAGAGGUGGAGACAGGAGAGAAGCUGUGGGAGGUGCAGUGCGACUCCCCGACCUUCACAGUGGCCUGGCACCCCAAGCGCCCCCUGCUGGCCUACGCCUGCGACGACAAGGAGGGCAAGUACGACAGCAACCGGGAGGCCGGCACCGUCAAGCUGUUCGGGCUCCCCAACGACUCCUGAGCCGCCGGCCUCCCCCCAGCAGGGGGCGCCGCGGGUCCCCCUGACCACUGCUGCACUAUGUUGUUCCUGUAAGAUACUUUGUUUUGAUAUUAAAGAGUUUUCAUAAAUCGUG